CUAAUGAGUGCCCGCGAAGUGGAUGAGGACGGUUCUCUCGACGAACGACGACACGGACGAGUGGUCAACGACGACACCAGACCGCAAGCCCGUGAAGCGGCGAUAGCAGAUGCCGCUGCGGACGGGUGGGUCGUGCUCUUGUCUCUGCUGCUCGUAGGGAUGGUCGUCAAGGGGGGGCGGGUUGAUGGUGAGCUCGAAGCCGUCCUCGUCCUUGAUGGCCCGCAGUGUGUCGCCGUGCUGGAACAGCUGGAGCCGACUGCCGUCACCGAAGUCGAUGUGGCGGCCCACCAUCUUGAGCUGAGCCAGCACACGCGGGGUGGCCAGAUACGCCUGCAGACACACAACACAUGAACACAUUCACACACCGAUUGUAAGGACAUUCUUUCUCCCUCCCUCUCCCGGUUGGCUUACCGUCUUGUUUGGAAACUUGUGCAGAUCGGCCGAAGUGAGCCUCACGGGCAGCUGGCAGUAGCCGCACUGCGCCGCCAGAGCAAUCGCCUCCCUCAUCUCCUUCCAGCCGCCCGCCUCCGUCACACACACGGCCGCCAGCAGGUCAGCCACACCCAUCUGCUGAUCGUCGAACACCAGCAACUGCACUGCCUGCCCGUUGGCCGCCCGUCGCAGCCCCGCCUCUGUGCUGAGCGAAUGGCCCAGCCGCUGCCGCAGCUGAGCCGCUCCGAAGAGGCCCCUGAGCCAAGUGCAUGUAGCCCUCAGCCGCAGUAUGUCAUUGAGGCUGAGAAGGUAGAAGCUGCGGCGGCCGACGAAGAUGUAUGUGAAGGGGUGCUGCUGCUGAUGAUGAUCUGUGUGCUGCAUCACACCUGGGACGAAUGGAUGGAUCAGAUCUGCCGAGAAGAAGCAGAUGGGAGCGAGAGGGAAGAUUCUCGGGCGGAGUUGAUGAGUGGAUCAAAACGAGAUGCCGAAAUGUCAAUACGCUGAAAACAGACGGAAUGCGC